CAAAAACAUGUGGAAUUUGUUCAACUUUUGGGAAGGUCACAUCUUCUAAACCUAUGAAAUUAAACCCAACCUAAACUUUUGCCAGGGUAUAGCUACCUAUACUUUUCGUUCAAUUAAUAAACUCUCUUAUGUGUAAGAAUUGUUAACAGCAAGGUGCAUAUUUCUUUCCAGUUUCUUUCUAUAAGCAUUAUAUAAAAAAUCUAUUUUCCGAUUGAAAGAAAACAUCCAAUAUUUACUUAAUGUUUUAUUUGCAUCAUUAUGAAAGUUUCAAAUGAUUGAAUUAAACUCUUUUUUUAUACACUCACGUUCAAAAAGCAUUGGGACAAAUUUGAUUAAAGAACUAUAGCAUUGCGCUAUUCGGGUUUGCAACGGAACCUUUCCGAGAUAUGAGCAGUCAAAUAAUCUUAGGCCUUUGUAUCCCAAAAUGCGGUUAAAAGUUGAAAAACAAAUAAAACUUUUGAAUCAUAACUAUAAAAGCAAGUACUGCAUUCUUACAAUUUUCCUAUCUAGCAUAGCAAAAUCUGAAAAAGAGUUGUGUGGCCUAGAAACGGCAAACUCACUCUGAUGAAGCCCUGGAUGCCUGGGCGAAAUAUUAGUAUGCAUUUUAUGUAUUUAAUUCAUUUAAAAAAAUUAAUCCUAUCACACUGGAUUGUCGUCCCCGUUUUGCUUUGUUCCCGAACUUUAUCUUCAUGGGUAGAAAAACAAUUGCUUGCAUUCGUAGUUGAGUACUGGAAUCGAUAGGCAUUGAAUGGGAGUAUUGGGGUUAAUAAAAAUAUAAUGUUAAGGCUAUUUUGACUCAAGAGGACAUUAGCGUGAAUGUUAGAGGUCUUAAUGACAAACAAACCUGUCUCUCAUGUUCGAAAUUCGAACAAGAAUUGAAGUGUAUCAUAGCAACCGCAAGGCUACUAUUGUUUCAGUUAAUAUGCACAAUCACAACAACAUACAACGGUUUCUUGUUAAUGGCGGACAGAGUGUUGGAAUGUAUUCCUCCUAGACAGCUGGCCUAAAACGCAUUAAAGCGAGCUUGAAAAUCGAAAGUCAAAAUGUCUGCUUUAAAAAAGUUUCUCCCUGGAAGAAAAAAGAAAAAGAAAUCAACAACUGCUUCAAUCCAAUCUGCAACAAGUGAACAAAAUAUUACAGAUAUUGGACAUGUUCCUGGAUAUCACAAUGUAAAAGAAAAAGAUUUACCAAAGUUGCACAAAGCUGCUUGGAUAGGUGACCUGUCCAAGAUUAAGCAGCUUGUCAAAAAGGGCGAUGUGAAUUUGAUGGACAAGCAUCAUCGGACCCCUUUGCAUUAUGCAUGUGUAAGGGGACACGGUGAUGUUGCUCAAUGGCUAUGUGCAAACAGAGCAAACCUUGGGAUAUGUGAUGAAGAGGGGAGAACUGCUCUAAUGAGGGCUGUGGAAUGUGCAUCAGAGAGAUGUACUGAAAUUCUCCUGAAUCAUGGAGCUGAAACAAAUGUUGUUGAUGUGAACUUAACCACCCCUCUGCACCUUGCUGCAACACAUGGAAACAUUUCAAUUGCAACAUUACUUCUUGAAAGAGAUGCAAGGAUCAAUGCACUUGAUACUGACAAAAUCUCUCCACUAUAUGUUGCUGCUUCUCUGGGCUUUCCUGAAUUUGUAGAUUUUCUUUUAAAAGAAUAUGCACCAUUGAAUGAGCCAGAUAUAAGUGGAAGGACGGCACUGAUAGCUGCAGCAAUGGAGGGGCAUACUGAGGUGGUAAAAGUUCUUUUGAGACAUGGUGCUGAUACCGAAUUGAAAGAUAAGGAACACUGGAAAGCAACUGACUAUGCUGCAAUGUCAGGACACCACGAAAUAUCGGAUUUAAUUGAAGAGCAUGUCAACAAACAACGAGAAGAGCCGAAACCAGCAACACAAGAAGUCAAUUCGAAUUUUGGAUCCGGAGUUGGAAGCCCAUUCCGGUCAACAAGCACACAGCCAGGGUCCAGUACAUUUGGUGGACCUGCUAUAAACAUAACCGUUGAUUCUGAAGAUGAUUCGUUGGAAAAUGACUCUCCGAGAAGAUCCGAUUUCCAGAAUUCUUGGGCAGAUUCAGAAAGCGAAGUAGAAGAAGAAACGCAAAAGCAAGUCCCAAAUCUUGCAGUGGCUUUGAAAAGAAACGAAUCAACACAAAGCACAAAAUCUUCUAGUAAAAUUCCUGUGGCUUCAUCCAAAGAAAAAUUGCAACUUAAAGAUGGCACCGACACACAGAUGCCUGGUGCACCAAAAGAAUCGAAGAUUCCAAAGUUUGAAUCUGGCAUCCCUCAGUUGAAAAAGGCAGCUUCAAAAGAAGCUGUUUCUGAUCAGCCAUCUGGCUCUGUCCCUGUUAAACCCUCUGGUAUACCUAAAAUGCAGACCAAGAUUAAGUCGCCAAAUGCGAGCAAUCCGGAUUCUUUGUCACCUACCCAUCAGGCCGGAAAAAGUGAUAGCCGGACGGUUGUUGAUUCUCAAAGUAGCCAAAGUGCUAGCCAUGAAAGCAGGAUUCCGCGACUAUCAAAGUCAAAUUCGUCAGUCUCAAAAGAGAAUGCAUUCAAAACCGAGGGUGUGUCUAAAGAUAGUUCUCCAGCUAAAAGCCCUCUUCAAGACGGCAGACCAGAUUCACUUGGCUGGGAAAAUGCAGACUUCUCAGACUUUGAUAGCGAUAGCGAAGAUGUAUCCGAAACAGAUUUACUCGCAGCAUUAACUGGAGGCCCUGCAAAGAAGUCACUUGCAAAGGGCCAGGGCAAGCUUAACAGAAUGGACCCGUCUGAUUCUCCUGAAGUUGAGAAGAAUAAAGAGCAAGCAAGUGAGGAUAUAGGUGAGAAUGAAGAAUAUGCUAAAGAACAGAACGACACUGCAGAUAAACAAAAUGAAUUAAUGGAAAGUAAAAAGGAAGAUGAGGAAGAAGCAAGUCAGUUCGAAAGUUCAUCUGAAGAUGUGACGCCCCCUAAGCCAGUGCUGUCAAGCAUUCUUAAGAAAGAGGAGGAUGAGGAUGAUGUUUCCGAGAAGGAUGAGGGCUCAAAAAAUAAAGAAGAUUCUAGAAAGGAAGAAGGAUUCGGAUCUGGAGUUGAUUUCGAUUUGUCUGUAGGAACAACUGAGUUUUCUUCUCCGGAAUUAGCCAAAAAAUCAUCGGAGCCAUCUGGCCCUGUUCCAAAAGCCGAUGAACCAAAAGUCGAUGUUGAAUCUGAAUUUAGCGAUUUCAGUUUGACUGAAGGACAUGACCAAACAGCCAUUGGGAACAACGAUAGCAAAGAAAAAGAUGAAAUGGAAGCGGGCGGAGAUAAUGAAUCGAAGAACAGUCGUAAGAUGAGCAAAGAUCUGAAAGCCCAAAUGGAAGCUUUGGGUUUGGAGUUCGGUAGCUCAAUAAGCUCGUUUUCAGAGGCAGAAAACAUCGGAGAGCUGGAUGCGUCGAUAACCAAACACGAUAAGUUCUUUUCUCCUUCAAACUCCAAGCAUGUUGAGCAACAAGAUACCAGCAUGUCUCCUGAAGCACAGGUACAUUUAUCGAAAGAUGCAGCUGGUGAGUCUCCUUCUCCUCUUGAUCAUUCAUUAUCUACAGAAAAAGAGAGUGGCAAUGGAGAUAAAAAUGGCAAAGCAGAAGGACGGAAAUCGUCAAAGGCCCAAUAUGACGCACUGGGUAUUGAGUUUUCUGAUAAUUCAGAAUCCGUCAUUGAAACAGAAAGCGAAUGGGAAGCAAGUUUGAGAAAGAAGAAAUCGCAAGAAAAUGCAAAGAAAGAGGAAAACACGGAUUACGGAGGUUUGGAGUCAGAAAAUGUUGUUAAAAGUGAAUCUGCUGAGACAUCUGGGGCUGACGAGGAGGUGAAAGAGUCGGAAAAGGGGUCAAGCAAGGAAGAAAAGAAGGAUAUUGUAGAGAAAGGGUCAUUGAAGAAUGAUUCUGAAUUCAUCAGUGACGAGAGCUUCAGUCUAAAUACAGAAGACCAACUCGAAGAACUAGAAGAAAACAGAAUAAAAAAGGCAGACGACAGUGAUGCAAACAGGGAGGAAGAAGAUGCUGAAGACGAACUUGCGAAAGAUUUUAAUGACAGUGAUUUCAGUUUGACGGAAAGCGCUAGAAAUGAAUCAAAGUUGGACGAUUCUGGUGAAAGUAAAUCAAUGGAAGAAUCUGAAUCAGAAGUUGUUGUAAAGGAAGGAGAAGAUACAAGUGCAGGAAAAGAUGGGGAGAAAGACACUGAUGUGUCAGGAGGACACGUGGAGGUGGAAAAGGGGGACAUUUCUAAGGAAAGCACUCCCGAUGCAAGCCUCGAAGAAAGGGAUGAAGAGAUAUCCUUUCAUAAAAACGAGAGUAACACCACUGACAAAUCAUCAGAAAUCGAAAUCGGUAACGAUGCUGGAUUGAGCCACGAAGAAGUUAAAGGAGAUGCCAAAAAGCAAAUUACUGGAGGCAGUAUCAAGGAGCAGGCCUCUGUCUCGGGCAGCGAUGAAGAUGAUUCGGUAGAAUCCGAAAGCGAGGCAUCUAGUAAACACGAAAGACAAUCAGUUGAUGGCACAGUAAGUGAUCUGAGUGAGCAUGGUAUAGGGAAAGAAACUGAGGAUAAAAGAAGGAAAGGAAUAGUAGACAAACCACCACUGUAUGGUUCAAGCGUGGUUAAAGAGUCUGAGUUCAAUGAAGAUCUUAAGAGGAAGAAAAGUGACGUAGAGAGAAAAAAGGCAUUGGAGGCCAUGGCAAAUACAAGCCAAGAUCCUGUUACACCUAAGAGAUCUGUAGACAAUGGGCGGAAAUUGAGCGACGUUGAACGAAAAAAGGCUCUAGAAGCCAUGAAAAAACCGCCCACCAUUGAGCCUGUUGUGGUGCACAAUGUGGAGGCGAAGAUGGAUUUGGGGGCUAUGACGGAGGAGGAAUCUAGUUCAGACGAUAUCGAAAAGCAGUUUGAAAGAAAAUUGCUAGCAACGGAAAUGGAGAGUAAGAAAGGUCAAUUGAAGGAGGAUUUAGGGAGCCGAGGUGAUAAACCGUCAGGAGCUGUCUUAGGGGAGAGGGCCAAGGUUGUCGGAAACAGCGAGGAUUUGGAGAAAUCAUGGAAGAAAAGGGAAGAGGAAGAGGAGCGAAAGAAGAAAGAACUGGAAUUGGAGAAGCAGAAGAUGAGGUUGGAAGUAGAAAGGCGAAUUAAACAGCAUCAGGAAGAACUAAGGCAGAGGGAGAAAGCAUUUGAGGAUGAACUUCGAAGAAGGGACGAGGCAGAGAAGGAAAAACGGCAAAGACAGUUGCAAGAAUGGGAAAAAGAGAAGAAUAAUUUAGAGGAAAAAAGAAAAAGAAACUUGGAAGAGGAAAUUAAGAAGUUGGAGGAAGAGAAGAAGGCCUGGGAAAAGGACAAGCAAAUGCAACAUGAAAGAUUGAUGACAGAAAAAAUGCAGUUCGAAGAGGUAACCAGAAGAAGGAUACAGGAAGAGCUGCAGGCUGCAGAAGCAGAGAAGAGUCUCAGAAAACAAGAGGAAUUGUGGGAACAGAGGAAAAAAAGUUCGGAAAGUAGUCCAAAACCAGGCGAUAAUUUUGACAAUGGCGACGAGGGCGAAAAACUCCGAGCACUGGACGAAUUACUGGAAAUCGACAGUUUCAUGAGACAGAAAGAAGAAGCGGAGAAGAGGAGAGUAAACGAAGAGGUUGUGGAGGAGGGUGAUUUUGGAAUGAGUUACGCACCCCCUGUCAUGAAGAAUAGAGGUCUUUUUGGAGCAGGAGAAGAUUACAUCAGCCCAAUAAAAGCAACUAGGGACUAUGCUGACGAUCAGUUAGAACUAGAGCCCCUCCAUAUCAGCCCUGUUGGUGAAUUUCGAUCACAGCCCACUAGGAGCGACUUAAGCAGUGCAGAAGCCGAGCGAAAACUAGAAGAAUCCAAGAAAAUGAGAGAAGAGGCUGCCUUGCUGUUGCAGGCUACACGCGAAAAGACCAAUGCACUGAUGAAUGGAGAUCGGGGGACUGGAUCUAGUAAGACGUCACCGCGGCAGAGACCGUUCUCGUAUGAAGACAUGAGCGAUUAUGGAAGUGCUGAUGUGGACGAGAUCAUCAGAGGAAACGGCGCCUACCAGCAGCAUCCAGAUGACAUGAUUCCUACACCUGCUUCAGAUCUGAUCAAUGCUGAUCUUCGUCAUGAAAACCAAGCUGGAUCACCCACACCAAACAGUCCAUAUGCGCGGUACGAUUCUUCACCUGUGCAGGAGUUUAAUCGAAGUGGGCAGCGGAGUCCGACCGGCAUCUCAAAGAUUUCUUUUGGCAAAAAUGAAUCGGACAGAGCUUCUUCGCAGAUUAAAUCAUCCACCCCAUUGGCUCUGUAUACGUCAUUGAGCCAAACUGGCCACUUUCAAGACUCAAAGGCACUCGUGAAAAUGCAAGACUCUUUACGCGAAUCGAAGCGAGAAAUGGAAAGACUGAAAGAACGAAACGCGACUCUGGAAAACAUGAAGAGAACUAUGGAGGCAGAUAUCAGGGAAAUGCAAAGGACUGUGGAAAUUUUGAGUAAGUCGCAGACAGAUUUUGAGCGGCAUCGUCUCGACAUGGAAAUGGAAGUGCGGGAUCUGCAAUAUCGACUGGAACAAGAAGUGGAGGCAAAGGCAACCGCCGAAGGGAUGGUUUCUCAAUUGAAGGAUCAAAUAAAGAGAGGAGACGAGAAACUGACUGCAGAGGCAGAAGCCCGCCAGACGAUUGAACUGGCCUACAAAACACUGGAAGCGGAAUUCAAAGUUCGUGAUAGCCUAACAAGUCAGUUUCAAAGUGAUAUCAAUGAUCUGAAGUACACAUUGCGACAUGAAAGAGAAACUCGCCUUAAUCAGGAGCAAUUGUACAGAGACCAGCUACAGCAACACGAGGCGUUAUUAGAAGAAGCCCAAAGAACAUCAUUUCAACAUGCACAAACUGUCAAUCAACUAGAGGUGGUGGAUCAAAACCGUCAAUCAGCCGAGUCAGCUGCCAAUCAAUUAAAGGUUGAAGUUGCCAAAGCCAAGGGUGAACUUACAAGAGUCAGUGCACAGUUAGAAGAAGUCAAGUCCACGUACGAUAGUGAAGUAUCAAGACUUAGAAACAAGCUGCAGGAAAAAUCUGAUGAUCUGGUUAAGGCUGAACGAGAACAAUUCCAAGCUCAUAUGCAGAUCGAGGCUGAAAAAUCGUCAUCCAAAGCGGAACAAAUGAGAUUGCAGUCGGCUCUUGAACACGAGGCUGCUAAUAAAAAGAGACUUCAAACAGAGAUAAGUGUUCUGAAGACACAACUGCAGAAUGCGAGUAGUGAACUGGAAAGGGUUUCUAAGACAAAAUCAAUAACUGAGAGCGAAGUUAGUAAGUUUAAAGAAGAAUCGUUCAAAGACAGAAACAAACAAGAUAGGGAAAUCGCCAGUGCUAAGGAUGAAGUUCAGAGAAUUUUUGUCAAGCUUGAUGCCUCCGAGAGACGCUGUGAUGCACUUGAAUCUGAGUUGCAAUCAGCAAAAAUUUCACUUGCUGAAAAGUCUGGGCAGCUUGUGAUGUCUGCCCGUGAAGCGGAGUAUAGGGGAAAUUUGUUAAAUCAACUGGAAGAGAAGCUGAGGCAUGAAAAGGAAAUCAGCAACCGAUUGUCUUCAAAAGUUGAAGGUGGCAGUGAGAGAACAUCAAUCCUGCAAAGGGAAAUUGAUAACCUCAGAAGGGAACUCGAAACAGCCAAUCAGCGAACGAGUGACUGUGAUAGGGCUGCUCGAGACGCACAGGAGAAAUUCCAGACUUUGCUGUCAAAAGCAAAAGAAGAGUUUGAAAAGGAGAAAAAUAACCUCGAGCAGAGGAUUUUGCAGCUGAACGAGGCUUCAUUGCGGUAUAGAGAAGAACAUGCCGAGUUGAAAGAGGAUCUUAAAGGAAAAGACAACGAAAUCCGCCUUAUUGAGAAGGAAAUGAACGAAUUGGCAAGACAGCUUUCAGCAAGUGAAGCCGGUAAAGAAAUUCAAUCAAAGACUAAAGAACAAUUGGAGAAUGAAAACAGCAGGCUGAAUCGACAAACUGUUAUGUUGGAGAAGAAGCUCGAUGAAGUCUCAUCGUUAAAAAAUGAGCUUGCAAACAAAGUCGACGAUCUCACAGAACAACUUGAACACGCCCUAAAAGUGACAAACCACACUAACAGCCGACUUGUGCAGAAGGCUGCGGAUGUGCAAAAUGCACAGUCUUCAAGGGCUGAAUUAGAUAGAGCGAUUACUAGGCUGAAAGUAGAAAAGGCCGAAUUGGAAAGUGAGUUGAGAGAAGAGCAAGGAAAAUGUGAAAUGAUUCUAAGUGAUCUAAGACAGUCAAACGAGGCAAGGGAAAGUCUUGAGAAGAUGCUUGCAAACCUUAAGGUAUCAAACGUCCACCUAGAGGAGAAACUGCAGUCUGAAACAUUAUCACGUGUUCAACGCGAAAGAGAUGCAGAAGACCACAAGGAUCUUUGGAAUUCUGAAGUCAGAUCCAGAUCAAAAUUAGGCUUAAAGCUUGUAUCAAUGGAGAAAGAAAUUCAGGCACUGAAAUCUGCACUGGAAGAGGAAAAACGGAAAUCAUCUCAAGCAGACGAGCUGAAAAAAAGCCUGGACUCCAAACUAGAUUUAUACGAUAAACGUUCUCUUCAGCAUCAAAAAGAGGCCAGUGCAUUGAAAAGCAAACUUAGGCAGUAUCAAAGGAGGCUGAAGGACUUUGAGCAUGGAGAGUCACGUAUACCGAAGAUUUAUUCGGAAUUCGAGCGUGAACGAGAGGUCAUGAUGAAUAACGCAUCCAAUCUUAGAAGACAGGUUGACUCUUUAACUGACCAACUGAGGCAGGAGCAAGAUGGCAGAUCACAAGCACAAAUAGGCUCUAAGAGAAACGAGCAAGAGUUAACCGACCUUCGCACGAGAGACAAGAUUUUAUCUUUCGAAAAAUCAAAGUUAGAAAAUGAUAAUCGGUUAUUAGAAGAUGAACUAGAAAGACUUAAAGAUUAUUACGAACAGAAUUUUGUAAAUAAAAGUAACUUAGAAUCCUUCAAGAGAGACAUUGAAACCAAGGCCCGAUUAGAGAUUAAUAAAAAACUGCAAGAUGUCAACAUGCAACUUGAAGAGCAGGCCGUUGCAAGAGAAGCCUAUGAUCGUGUGCGAACUGAAACAGAGUCGAAAUCCAAAAAAGAAUUAGAGGAUACUAUAAACGAACUCAAGGGGGAGCUCUCUUACGUAAAAUCAGCCCUUCAGGAAGGGAUCGCGAAGAAGACGACAUAUGAGACUGAAGCAAGCAGAAUCAGGGAACUGUAUCAAAACGAGGUCGCAGAAAAGCUGAAAUUGUCUGAUCAAAUGAGCAAGCUUAGUGAAAAAUUCACGAAUUCAACGGCUCGAUUGAGCUUGGAGAAGUCUCGAAAUCAAAAGCUGAUGGACUUAUCUCCACGAGGAAGUCCCGUUAAAGGCACCCAUGGAAAGUUUCUCGCUGCAGAACGUGACGAUUUUGCGUCUAGACCUGGCCUUCGGCAAACCGAUCUCAUUUCGACAGGCCAGUACCCGCUCAGUUCGCUCACAACACCAACCUCAAGGGUCAGUAGCGCGAAUCGAGACUUCUGGCCAACUUACCACAGAAAUUAUCUCAGUUGAUAAAGAUCGCUUCACGUAUGUUUGUUAAAAUUUAAUGUAUACUUCAGUAUCACUGGUUCAAAGAAUAAACUAUUUCUACGGGUAUUUUUAUUGAGUUUGGCAAACUGUUUUUUACAAACAAUAAAUAAUAAUUAUUGUAACAAUAUUUCAUUGACAAUUAUUUGCUUUUUACUCUUAGAUGCCACCUAAAAGUUUUGAAUUAUAGUAAUAUGUUUGUUUUUAUAUCAGAAGGUUGUGGACUGUAAGAUAUCAAAUAUGUUAAAACUGUUAACUUGUGUAAUAUACUAUUGACAAUAUUAAAUGCGAAGAAUACUUUUUGUGCUUUUGUGUUCAUCUAACCUUUCCAACAAAAUCAUUGCAUAUUAUGGGGCAGGGUUUAUUUUAAUUUGCAGUGAUAACCAAUUUGUGCAAUGAUAAAUCAUAAAUGUGCAGCGAUAAAAUCAAAUUUGUGCAGUGAUAAUUUUUUUUAAUAUAGCCACCCUAUUCUUUUGAGAACAAAUUAAGAACAGUCCAGCCUCAGAUUUUCGAAAUAUUCAGAACAGCCAGCCUGAACGUAAAUUUACUGGUUCUUAUAAAAAAAGCGUACAGGUAUAUUUAAAUUUAUUUACAAAUUGUUACUGAUUGUUGGGCUUUGAAGUCGGUUUUUUAAACUUGUUUUCAUGAGACUGUAUGCAGACACUAGCUACUCGCAAUCUGCAGAAUGGGGCUUGCAAAGAAGAACCCUGGCCAAAACUCCAAAAGCUCGCAAUACCGUUUUCGGACUUCUUUUAUUUAUACUGCUCUGUUUCACAUCUUCGUAUUGGUCAGCUGAGACACCAAAGUCAAUGUCAGGUGCAACUACAUCAUGGACUUUACAAAUGCCAUCUCUUGCUGGAUUGAAUUUCACGAAGUUGGAAAAACGGGCCUUGCUAUUACAUCCAGCGUCAGUCUGUUUCUCUUUGAAUUUUUCUAAUGCAAACAAAAAUUCCUAACUUAUUGCAUUAUUAUAACUUUUUGUUUCCGAAACAAAUUGGUUCAUCCGACUUUUGCGACGCUCUUUUUGCCACAGCACUUUCUCGAAGAAUGUACCAUUAACGCCCAUAAAGAUAACGCCCAUAAAAUAAAGUUUUA